AUGGAUGGAGAGCGGACGUAUGGUUUGCUUGGCAUCAGAGAGCAGGAUGGGAGAGCCAUGGAGGGCAUGCUAUUGAACCAGACAGUUGUUGUUACCGCUACAAAUCCUCAAGAGGAUGACACUGGAGGGGAUACCAAAUUCAAUGCAUCACAAUAUAAUUUCUUUGGCAGCAAUGUGAUGGAAGAGGUUGAGCUAGGUGGAUUGGAAGACGAUGAUGGUUUUGGUGAUGCUGAUUUUGUUGCGCUUGGUGACAAAAAAUACCCUUCUAUCCAUGGAAGGGAUAUGUUGGAUGUAAUAAUCCAUUUCGAAAAAUGUUGGAGGUAA